AUGGAGACUCGAUGUUUGGAUGAUAUCUGUCAAGCACAUCCUUCGGUUUUCUUCAUCACAGAGAGUCAUCAAAGCUCCAUGAGAGUCGGAUUGGACAGUUACUAUGGCUACGACAUGGAUUUGAUGAAACAGGAUAGCCUUCAAAGGCAGCUCAGUGACCCAGCAUCUAGCACGAAUCUUGGUCGUUCCGGCGUGACGGCGGAAGAAGAGGCGUUUGCGAAAAAACACGGCGAAAAACGUCACGUUAGUCAAGGAAUUCUAGCAGAGCCACCCCAGUUUAUUCGAAACUCUCGAGGCGUGGUGGUACGAUCAGGAGGUCGUCAAGGGGAUGAUUUCACAAGCAUCAAACUGGCGGACCUGCGGACUGCGUACGCUCUCUCUCUGCUGGAGAACGACAUGAAUCAUUACAGGCAUCUUUAUUGCGAGAGUCGCCGAAAAUCGCAGGUCGAAGGACGACUCAAAUUCUUUGUCGUUCCUUCAGGAAAUAUUGUCGUACCGGAUCUGUGGCUCGACGAUCACUCCACCAUUGUCGAAAAUAUUCCUCCACCUCCUCCCAAAGAGCUUCAAAUUCACAGGGAGCUUGCGAUGCUUCCUGAUCUCCAACAGGCUUUCUUGCAACUGCGGAAACGCCAGAUGGACAUGAUGCCUGCGCGCCGGAAGACUGAAGCCGCUCCUGCAGCCCCCCCCGCACCACCCGCCAACGCAACGCAGGGAAAAGUCCCUCCAAGUGCUCUUCCCGGCAAAGGGGCCGUUGCCGCGUUGAAGGCUAGUCAGGUGCAGAAGGUAUCAGAAGCUUCUAAGCCGCCACCAGUCCGCCCCACCGCGCCAGAAGUUACAGCAAAGGGCACGGCUGACGGGGCGCAACCGCCAGCGAAGGCGCCUCCGGAAGGCAUGGCAGGCUCAAAGGCGGAGCCUCCUGCAGGGGCUAAAAAAGCAAAGGGGCCACCGCCGGGCAAGCUAGGAAAGGGACCGCCCCUGGCGAAGAGCAAGCUUCCUCCACCCAAGAAAUAA